AUCCUCCACUAUGGGAUGGAGAUGACUCCCAGGAAAACCUUGGAAGUCACAUGAUGACGAUGCCAGCCCUUUUGUCAGCCAUUGUGGAAGAGGAACAUCGUCCUGACGCAUUCAUCUAACCGCAAUUGUAUUUGAGUCCCUGAAGGAUGGCUGCCGUGUUGGGGGACGCCCUCAUGGUGGUCAGAGGCCUUGUCAAGCUGGCCCAGGCGGCCGUGGAAACCCACCUGCAGCACCUGGGCUUCGGCGGGGAGCUUGUCAUGGCGGCCAGGGCCCUGCAGUCCACAGCCUUGGAGCAGUUCGGCUCCGUCUUCGGGGAGGCGCAGGACUGGGAUAAACAUGAAGAGCCUCACCCUGAGAGCGUCGACAACCCUGAAGCAGAGAGCUACUUCUCAGGGCCAGGGGCAGCGGGAGACUCGGCAGGUGUCUCUGCAGCCUUCUCUCCUGAGCAUCCGUCCCCUCUGUCCCUGGAUCAGACCCACAGCGAGGGCCCGGCUCCUGCCUAUGUGGGCAGCGGACCCUUUAGGGAAGCCGGGCUCCCGGGUCAGGCCGCCGCCCCUCUGGGCAGGAUGAGCAGGAAGCUCUUCGUACAGCCUGGAGACCCCUUCUCUCCCAUGGACUUCCAGCGGAGGUUCUUCCACCAGGACCAGUCCCCUGUGGGGGGCCUCACAGCUGAGGACAUUGAGAAGGCCCGGCAGGCCAAGGCUCACCCCAAGAGCAAGCCUCACAAGCAGAUGCUCAGUGAGCGGGCUCGGGAGCGGAAGGUGCCGGUUACGCGGAUUGGACGGUUGGCCAACUUUGGGGGUCUGGCCGUGGGUCUGGGCUUCGGGGCACUGGCCGAGGUUGCCAAGAAGAGCCUUCGUUCUGAGGACUCCUCAGGGAAGAAAGCCGUCCUGGAUUCCAGCCCCUUCCUGUCGGAGGCCAACGCCGAGCGCAUAGUGAGGACGCUGUGCAAGGUGCGCGGAGCUGCCCUCAAGCUGGGCCAGAUGUUGAGCAUCCAGGAUGAUGCUUUCAUCAACCCCCAUCUGGCCAAGAUCUUUGAGCGUGUGAGACAGAGUGCCGACUUCAUGCCACUGAAACAGAUGACGAAAACUCUCAACAGUGACCUGGGUCCCAACUGGAGGGACAAGUUGGAAUACUUUGAGGAACGGCCCUUUGCAGCCGCCUCCAUUGGGCAGGUGCACCUGGCUCGCAUGAAGGGAGGCCGCGAGGUGGCCAUGAAGAUCCAGUACCCCGGUGUGGCCCAGAGCAUCAACAGUGAUGUCAACAAUCUCAUGGCUGUACUGAACAUGAGCAACAUGCUUCCAGAAGGCCUGUUCCCUGAGCACCUGAUCGAUGUGCUGCGGCGAGAGCUGGCCCUUGAGUGUGACUACCAGAGAGAGGCCGCCUGUGCCAAGAAAUUCAGGGAGCUGCUGAAGGACCACCCCUUCUUCUACGUGCCUGAGAUUGUGGACGAGCUCUGCAGUCCCCAUGUGCUGACCACAGAGCUGGUGUCUGGCUUCCCCCUGGACCAGGCUGAAGAACUGAGCCAGGAGAUUCGGAAUGAGAUCUGCUACAACAUCCUCGUUCUUUGCCUGCGCGAGCUGUUUGAGUUUCACUUCAUGCAGACAGACCCCAACUGGUCCAACUUCUUUUAUGACCCCCAGCAGCACAAGGUGGCUCUUCUGGACUUCGGGGCAACUCGGGAAUAUGACAGAUCCUUCACUGACCUCUACAUUCAGAUCAUCAAGGCUGCUGCUGACAGGGACAGAGAGACUGUGCUGAAGAAAUCCAUAGAGAUGAAAUUCCUCUCUGGCUAUGAGGUCAAGGCCAUGGAAGACGCCCACUUGGACGCCAUCCUCAUCCUAGGGGAGGCCUUUGCCUCAGAGGAGCCCUUUGACUUUGGCACCCAGAGUACCACGGAGAAGAUCCACAACCUGAUCCCCAUCAUGCUGAAGCACCGCCUCAUCCCCCCACCUGAGGAGACCUACUCCCUGCACAGGAAGAUGGGGGGCUCUUUCCUCAUCUGCUCCAAGCUGAAGGCCCGCUUCCCCUGUAAAGCCAUGUUCGAGGAGGCCUACAGCAACUACUGCAAGAGGCAGGCCGUGCAGCAGUAGCCUCUGGACGGGGCUUUCCUCAUGUGAACGUUAACCAGAAGAUGAGAGAGUAGUCUUCUCCAAUCCCCACCACCAAAAAACAAACAAAAAACCCCAUAAAACCAAAACCAAAACAGAGAAGUGUUUUUGGAUUUUUUUUAACUGUGUACUCUAAGGCUUUUGCAUAUGUGUUUCUAGAAUGAGGUUUGUGUUUUCUGCCCUUUUCCUCUCCAGUUUGUGAUCUGGAGCUAGAAGGAGGAACUGACCCUGAAGAGUGCCAAAAAGUCCUAUUUCAACAGGUGACGCCCAAGCCUGCAGCCUUGCUGGUUCUUAGGUGAUUCUGACGCCCAAGCCUGCAGCCUUGCUGGUUCUUAGGUGAUUCUGACAAGUGAAUGUUACCAGGGAACUUCUGCCCCAUGUGGGAGACAGAGGCAGCAGAAGAGGAAGAGAAAGCGAGAUAAACACGGCCUUUUCUUCUGUGCUGGACUAAGGCAGGGUGGGGGAAGGGCCCUUCUGCACCAGGAGCCUUUGCUGAAGAUGUGCAGGUGUCACCCAGUUAUGCCCGAAGGGUCAUCACAGGCUCUCUUAAUUUUUGUACAGUUCUUGUAAAUUGUCUGAUUUACUUGUUUCAAUUAAAAAAAAAAAGUGCUUGUAAAAAGUG